GCUCCUCAAACAUGACAUGGAAGGAGAGGAAGCAAUUGGAGGACCGGAGGGUUGAAGCUUUGGGUGGAAAGACCCACAAGAAACAGAGAGUACCACUAAGUGUAGCAAGAUGUUGCAUGAAGAAACGGAAAGAAAGAGAACAGAAAAUGUUACAAGAGGGGUUGGUUCUUGGACGAUUUGGAGGUAAGCUUCAAAGUAGUACUACCAGAGUAGCAGAGAAGCGGGGGCCAGAGGACAGGGUGCUGAAAUCAAGUGUAGGCAAUUUCAGAAAUGGUGUACUGAAUGUGAGCCAUAUGUUGCGAGGCAGUUCGUCUAGAGAGAAUGAUGAUAAAACAGCACAAAUCAAUAAGGGGAAGAAGAGUAAAGGGGCUGGAAAGAAGAAAGGAGGCAAAAAGCAGCAUGGUAAAAGGCGCAGGUAAAAAUUUGCGAGGUGCGUUUUAUUUACCCAUUCAUUGAAUGGGGAAAAUUUUGGCCAGGAAACAAUUAGUUUGCUUGUGAUGAUAUAGAGGAGGCCAGGAGGGAAAUAUGGAUUAGGGGAAAAGAAUUUUUAAGCUUGAACUGAUUAUUGUAGUUCAGGUAAAUUAUGUUGUUAAAUGGGACCUUUAAGACCUGCUUCUUAAUGGUGUUUCUUUUUGUGCUGAA